AGAUGCGGCUUUAAGAGUGACUAGUACUUGCCGUUGUCUCUUUCGACGUGACCGUUUCGACGACUUCAUGUUAUCGACGCCACUAGUGGCACUGAGACCAUUAACCACAUUUAACUCGACCGGUGUAUUUAUUAGCAUUUUAAUCGCCGGGUCGUGGAUACCGCGCAAAGUCGACUGUGGUCCCAAGAAAAAGUGCAGCCAAUUGUUUAGGGAGCUUCGAGCCGACCAGUGCAGGCUCGAGAGACAAAAUUAGCUUUGCGAUGAUGCUGCGAAGAUGCGCUGCCACGAUGACAAAGGAGAGGAGGUUCUCCAAGGUCGGCUUCGUCGGCCUCGGAAACAUGGGCGCAAAAAUGGCAAGGAAUCUCCUGAAAAAGGGUUACGGACUGACCGUGUUUGAUAUUAAUAAAGGGGCAGUCGCAAAAUUGGCCGAAGUCGGGGCCAAAGGUGCCGAAAGUCUCUCGGAGAUAUCGGAAGACUCUGAAGUGAUCGUUUCCAUGUUGCCAUCUAAUCAGCACGUUUUGGAUUGUUAUCUGGGAGAAAAUGGAAUCCUAAAGUCAGCGAAAAGAGAUGCUCUUCUGAUCGAUAGCAGUACGAUCGAUCCCUCGAUCUCCGAGACGAUCGAGAAGGAAGCUCGAAAUCGCAACGUCCGAUUUAUGGACGGCCCCGUAUCUGGCGGUGUUAAAGGCGCCGAGGAUGCAACUUUAACAUUUAUGGUGGGAGGCUCGGAGUCCGAUGUUAAAGACGCCAAACCCAUUUUGGAAGCCAUGGGCUCGAACGUUGUGCAUUGUGGAAAAAUUGGCACGGGCCAAGUUGCUAAAUUAUGCAACAACAUGUUGCUAGGAAUUAACAUGAUUGGAGUAGUUGAGGCUUUUAAUCUGGGAGAGAAGCUGGGCUUAGACGCUAAAUUACUGGCCGACAUCGUCAACUCCAGCUCGGGACGCAGUUGGGUCACCGAAGUGUACCAUCCCGUUCCUAAUGUGCUACCCGGUGCACCGAGUUCCAACGACUUCCGGCCGGGCUUCGGGAUUACGUUAAUGGCGAAAGACAUGGGACUCGUCCAGGAUAUCGCAACUAGAACUGGCGCGCCGGUUCCACUUUGCGCGUUAGCUCAUCAGGUGUACAGAGCCGCCAUUGUGAACGGCCUCUUCGAGAAAGACUUCAGCGUCGUUUAUAAAUUCCUACGGGGCGAAAGAAAAUAGUAAAGAUAAACCUGGCUUUUGCAUAGUUGGUCGAAAAUACACUGACGUCGUUACAACCGCCGUUCGUGGAAACAACGUGUCGCUAUCUGCCGUGUUCUUCAAGCAAUGGAGGUUACGCCUUCUCGAAUCUGCAGAUGAACAAGCCUAAAUAAGUGAAGUAAUUUUAAUCUUAGGUGUAAUUGCUUUUACAUCGUAUUAUGCAUAAUUACAACCCGACGAUGUAUUCUGCAGAAUGUUCCUAGAGAAGCUGGCCCAGAAAAGAAUGCAUUGUAUAUCUUACACCUUACGAAUGUAAUGUCUACUGUAAAAGAGAAUAAAUUGUAUUUAUUACCGCG